AUGUCUCGUGCUCAGGUCCAGAAGCAAUCCCCCGGCGGUGGCUGUGUCGUCAUGAAGUCUCCCGGUGGUGGCUGUGUCGUCAUGAAGUCCCCCAUUCCCAACGGCUGCGUCGUCACCCGUACCCCCGGAGCCGGCUGCGACAUCAUGAAGCGGUCUCCCGGCGGUGGCUGUGUCGUCAUGAACCCCGCUGACUUCUAA